CGGUGAAAUGGGCACAUUUUUCCACUUCAGAUACCAACAUGAAGCUAGUCGCCGACCGAAGCUCCCCUAAGCCACCGACUUCCUCUUCCUUGAAAACAGGUAAAAAGGCUUGGAAUUUCUCCUUCUUUCUUGUUCAAUCACAAGAUUUGGGGCUUAGAAUUCUCUCCCUCAACCCAGAAAAAAAUCCCGGUUCUGCUCUGCUCUUCCUCCCCUGUCCGUCGGUUCUGCUGGGUGUGAAUCCUUCGGCUUUUCGGGUAGCCCGUGAGUUUCCCCCUGCAGAUUGCCGUCGGCUUCCUUCCCAGCCGGACCCGGUUCUGCUUGCCGGAAUUUUAUGGUAUGUUGACAGCCCCAUUAAGUCCGAAAUUACCCAUUAAUUGCUGGGUUUUGUCCAUUUAGUUGAUGCUCUGUGAUUAUCCGAAAAUUCUGUGGAAAUAGGAAGAAAUUCGGCAGCCAUUUAAGUCUAUAAUUUUAGUUCAAAUUCAUGUAGAAAUGGCUUGAUUUGGCUGUGGUGAUGUUGCGUAGGAAAAUCCCGUGUGUGAGUGUGAUUUUGCCGAGCCAUUUUCUCCAUUUUUCUAUCCCGAGAGUUGGAAGCCAUAUGCAUGGGUGUUGUAUGUAUAUAUGUAUAUAUAUAUAUAUAUGUAUGUAAUUGUGUAUAUAUAUAUACACAAUCCGGUUGUGAUGCCCAAUUUUGAAGAAAAUAAAUAAAUAAGUAAAGA